AUGUGUUUGUGCGUAUCUCUCUCUAUGCCUGUUUGCGUUUGUGUGCAUCUCUUCCCCUCUCUUAUUCUCUCUCUCUCUCUCUCUCUCUCUCUCUCUCUCUCUCUCUCCCCCUGCGUGGGUGUAGUAGCGAAGUUACCUGUGUCUCUCUUCGAUACAUUAUUUUUGUACUCCCCCAUUAUUCUUUAUUUUACAAAUUUUUUUUUUACUUUUUUUUACUGUUUUAAUUUUUUCCCUUAUUUUUUUCUUUCUGGUUUUCUUCGUUAUUUUUUGCUUUUUUCUUUGCUUUUCCAAUCGAUUUCCUUCAUUUUUCUUUCUCUUGUUCAUCUCUGUCUCUCGUUUCUCUUAAUUUUUAUUCUUCCUCAUUAUUUCUUUUUCUACUUCAUUUCUUCUUUUACAUUUUUAUUAGAUCGAUUGAACUUUUUCAUACUUUUUAUUUAUUAUCUCACUUCUUCUUCUUCUUCUUCUUCUUCUUCUUCUUCUUCUUCUUCUUCUUCUUCUUCUUCUUCUUUUUCUUCUUCUUCUUCUUCUUCUUAUUAUUAUUAUUUUUUCACGUUACUUUACUUAUUUCUGAUUCUCUUUUUUCUUUACUUUCAUCUCUACAUUUUUCCUUUUCUUUUUUUCUUUAUUACCUUCUUUUAUUUACAUUGUUGUUGCCGUUGCUAUUAA